AUAAGAAUUCAAUUUUAAAUUGUACAAAAUGUUUCACUGAAUUGCACAAAUCCUUUUCAAACUUCCUCAAAAGACAGGAAGUCGAAGUAACUGACAAAAAGAAGCAGAUCCUAGUAUACUGUAUCUCAGUCCUGUGUUACACGGUGUAACUCCAUGCCUUCUUUUAUAAAUAUUACACUGGUCAAGUUUGCCUAAGGGGAGAGAAUUAAAGAUGGAUGACAUUGAUGCAAUGUUCAGCGACCUGCUGGGGGAGAUGGACCUCUUAACAGCAAGUUUAGGGGUAGAAACUGUUCCACCCCAGUCUCCAUCCAGUUCACAUAAAGAGGUCAACUUCUCGAUUGGUUUUAAGGAUCUGAACGAGUCCUUGAACGCUCUUGAAGACAAUGACCUAGACGCGCUGAUGGCCGAUCUGGUGGCAGACAUCAAUGAAACAGAGGAGAACCUGACAGGGCAGAGACAGGCCAGCCACGGCAGUCUGCCCCCGCCGCCGCCACCGGAGCAGCAGCAUCGCUCUGCAGCCUCUGCUCCCUCUUCAUUCCCGCCACCUCCUCACAGCCUCCCAGCCGCGAGACCUCCGGGACCCUCCUCACAGCCGCUCCCACCCCCGGAGCCUCCAAAACAGCUGACAAAGGAAGAAAUUGAGGUCCAGGCCAAAGCUGACAAAAUAAAACUUGCUUUGGAAAAACUGAAAGAAGCCAAAGUUAAAAAGCUUGUCAUAAAAGUGAUCAUGACUGAUGGCAGCUCCAAAACGCUGAUGGUGGAUGAAACACAGACUGUCCGUGAUAUCUUAGACAACCUCUUUGAGAAGACACAUUGUGACUGCAACACCGACUGGUGUUUGUAUGAAUGUAACCCUGACUUACAAAUAGAGAGAAGUUUUGAAGACCACGAAAAUGUAGUGGAACUUUUGUCUCAGUGGACACGAGACAGCGAAAACAAAAUUCUUUUUCUUGAACGUAAAGAUAAAUAUGCAGUUUUCAAAAACCCUCAGGACUUUUAUCUUGGGAACAAAGGAAAGAAAAAUGAACAAAGGGAAAUGAAGGACAAGGACAAGGAGUCUCUUUUGGAGGAAAGUUUCUGUGGAACGUCCAUCAUUGUACCAGACCUUGAAGGGGCUCUUUAUCUGAAAGAAGAUGGAAAGAAGUCCUGGAAACGGCGCUACUUUCUUCUUCGGGCUUCUGGAAUUUAUUAUGUGCCCAAAGGAAAGACCAAGACAUCACGCGAUUUGGCAUGCUUCAUACAGUUUGACAACGUGAACAUCUACUAUGGCACUGAGUACAAAGUCAAAUACAAGGCACCUACAGACUACUGUUUUGUCCUCAAGCACCCUCAGAUCCAAAAGGAGUCUCAGUACAUCAAAUACCUGUGUUGUGACGACAAGUACAUGAUGCACCAGUGGGUGACGGCAAUACGAAUAGCCAAGUAUGGAAAGACACUUUAUGACAACUACAAAGUAGCAGUGCAGAGAGCUGGACUGGCCUCCCGCUGGUCAAACUUAGCUGCUGCAAACACCACAAAGUCUUCUGGACCUCCCAGAGGUAAAGCAAAAGUUGCCAUAGAAGCCAAUGGGCAUGCAGCCCAAGCCCCUGCACACACGACUCUCAGCAAAGCCUUCCCUGAAGCCUGGAAGCGGGCAGAGGCCAAGGACAAUGCCAGGGACGGAGCGAACGAUCCCUCCUCGCUGCCGCCGCCUCCAGAGGAAUUCCUGCCCCCUCCUCCGCCGGACCCUGUGCUCCCACCACCACCUCAGCCCUGCCUCAUCGCGGCCCCCAGAAUGGCGCCCCCCCAUGGCCAGCCAAUCUGCUUCCCCCCUCCACCGCCGGCCGAAGACCAGUCCCUGCCCCCUCCCCCCGACGACCUCCCAGAGCCGCCCCCCGACUUCCUGCCCCCUCCUCCCGCCCCUACAGCGCCCAGUGCUGCCCCUGCCCCCCGAAAAGUAGCUCCCCAGCCCCCCAAGAGGACAACCCCUGUGUCGGCCGGGGGUGGGCAGGAAGACUUCAUGUCAGAGCUGAUGAAGGCCAUGCAGAAGAAGAGCAACAAGUGAGGACCCCCGGACCUUGUGAGACCACAGGAAGAGGAGCCCCCUCUUCUGCACUCCCAGCUCACCGUGCAGGACCUCCAGUCCUGCAGGAGUGUGGGCCGGGAGCUCACCUCUGCUGUGUCCUGAACUGUACAGAGGACGUGCAAAUCAAGCAUGCUUUCUUCUGCUUUCUGCAGUGGGAUUUCUACGUUCAUGUUCCUCGGACCGCAGUCACGUUUGAAAAAAGACAAGCGUGAAGCUACGUAGUAUAUCUGAGUCAAAAUUAAACUAGUUUGCUGGUCGAAUUGAGGAUCUUGGCUGUCACGUCAUAAUUCCAGGGGUAAAUUUGUUGUUUUAGGAAAAAUAUGUUGCAUAUGUUUUAUAGAACGGGUGAUAAAGCAAUUGAAUCCUUCUAAAGGAAAACACGCCAUUGUGCUGGUUAUUGUAAUAUGAAAGAAUUUAUACUGCUGGGAGCUGAACAGUAAGUAACCGCAUGAUAUCUGCUUAAAACACCAAAAUGUGUUCAAUUUGGUGGAAGCCAAAGAUUUAAAGUUAUUUAUUUUCUCCUGUGUAUGUUCACAAACAUUUCCAUAGUUAAGAGAUUUCAGGAACUGUAAAAUAUAUUCACUGAGACAUGUUAAUAUUUUGUUAGCAGUUUAAUGUAAAGUAUGGAUU